GUUUGACUUUGAAGAUACGAGUCCAAGGCAAAACCUUGUAUCGUAAAAUAUAACUUAGUAGUUUUCUGUCCGAAUUUCAAACCACAAUGAUGAAACUGUUCGCUGACUACAGUUUAAUCAUAUUUCCAGCAAUUUUCUACUGUUUGACAAUUUCCUCUGUUUCUGCCGGUGACUGCAUUCGGCGAUACUAUGGGCAAAGUAGUUUUGUCUGUGUGUGCAAUGCCACCUACUGUGACAGUGCGCCAAGCGUCGAUGGACCCCUGUCAACUGGCCAAGCCAUAGUCAUCUCAUCCACUCGAAAUGCUUCAAGGUUUCAAUCGCUCUCCUUGCAAUUUGACAUUCCUUCAAACGAAUCCACAGAUUUCCAGAUAACAGUGAACGCUUCGAAAACCUACCAAGGUAUCAUCGGAUUUGGCGGAGCCUUUACAGAUGCUGCUGGUAUUAACAUAGCAAAACUCUCGCUUCCAGCUCAGGAUCGUCUUCUUAGUUCGUAUUUUGGCACGCUCGGCAUCGAAUAUGGAAUCGGGCGUGUCCCUAUUGCUGGGAGUGAUUUUUCCACGUACCCUUACUCCUACGAUGACUUCCCAGGAGACACGACUCUUUCAAAUUUCAGCUUGACUGAAGAAGACCUCGUCUUCAAGAUCCCGUUCAUCAACUGGGCCAAAACUAUCAGCUCGAAACCAAUUAAACUGUUUUCAAGCCCAUGGAGUGGUCCUGCCUGGAUGAAGAGUAAUAAUGACUUCUCCGGCUUCGGCCACCUUCUUCCGGAAAACUAUCAACCAUGGGCAGAAUACUUCGUCAAGUUUUUUGAAGAAUAUCAGAAGCAUGACGUUAAUUUUUGGGCACUCACCGCUCAGAAUGAGCCCAAUAACGGGCGAGUUCCAGGAUGUUCAUGGAAUUGUAUGGGUUGGAGCCCCGAAGAUCAGGCGUCGUUUGUAGGCCAAAAUCUAGGUCCAACAUUGGCUAAUAAAGGAUUUGGUGACGUGAAAAUCAUGGUAGUGGAUGACCAGCGGACGUUUAUGCCUAGCUGGCCCCAAACGGUACUAGCAGAUCCUGAAGCCAAUAAAUACGUCUCCGGCUUCGGCGUUCAUUGGUACGCAAAUAAUGUGGUGCCACCUUCCGUUUUGACGUCCACACAUGAAGCCUUUCCUGACCGGUUUAUACUUGCUACAGAAGCUUGCAAUGGACCCUAUGAAGAACCAGUCAUCAUGGGUUCGUGGGAACGGCUGGAAUCUUAUGCACAUGACAUAAUUGAGGACCUUAAUCAUUGGGUUGCCGGUUGGGUGGACUGGAAUCUUGUUUUGGACGAAGGUGGUGGACCAAACUGGGCUGGAAACUAUGUAGACGCACCGGUUAUUGUGAACAACACUGUAGACGAGUUCUAUAAACAGCCUAUGUUUUACGCAAUGGGGCAUUUCUCCAAGUACAUCCCUGAAGAUUCCAUCAGGAUUGAAUUGGAAAUAAAUGAGAGCACAAGGAGCUUGUUUGUAACGGCUUUCCUACGUCCAGACGGCAAACGUUCGGUCGUUAUUUUAAAUCGCUCAGAUGAAGAAAGGACGAUUUCGUUGGCGGAGACUGACCGAGUCGAUGGAACGCUUACAUUGAUUUGCCCAGCCCGAUCCAUCCAUACGAUUGUAUACGUCUGAAAUCUAUUGGACGUCGAACAGAAUACCAGCACACUGAAACGGCUUCCGGGUUUUCUAACAUAUCAAUAUC